CCAGGCCGCCAUACUAACAAUAACAUGCCAAUGAUACGCUACUCCGUACGAGUACUUCCAUCUGCACCUGGAUGUUCUUUGCAACCUUGGUGAAGCGCUACGCUACUUUACCGCUACUUCGUACCCUACGGAUCCCACGCUACGCCCGGGGCGCUGUGGCACAUGUGCCGCUCGGAGUUUUACUGCUGGGAUCCCGCCGCACAACUCUGUCUCAGAAUCUUCAGUGGACCGUUUCAGGCCCUGUCAGCCUGUCCACUCACUCGACAGAAAGUCUGGACUCAACGACCAUCCACGAGGACCCCCAGCAGACAAGGAACUCAGGGAGGACUCCUCAACUCUCGAGACUCGAGAGGGGGCAACUGGGGCUUCUCCGAGUCCACACCCAUCAUCGAAUCGUUGCCUUCUCCUGCAGUCAGUCUCUUUGCCUGGCAAGCCUGGCAGCAUCAACAGCCGCCAACAGAACUUGGUCUGGCCUGGACAACUCUGGCCACCAUCGACCGAUUGGGUCUCGUUGUCUCCGUUAUCUCUCGCUGACUCCAACCCGGACCACGCGUUGAUCAGAAACCACGUUGGGCGUGCCGUUUACCCGUGGAUACGUCAGCGACCUUGCCGAUAUUGCCCUGUCUUUUCGCCAGCCUUUCCAAAGAUCCCAAACCCCAAACCGACUUCUCCUGAACUAGUCAUCGCAUGGCCAAGGGGUUGUUUCCUCGCGGAGACCAUGGUCAGAAAGAAACUAGAAUCCAAUCAAGGGAGGUGAGGCCUAGUCGAACAGGAGCUCGUUCCAAGCUAUGCGGCGGGAGGCGGCCCCGUCAGUCAGCUGUCUAGAUCUGUC